AAGGUUGUUGAUGCAUUGAUCGCAUAAACGGUUUACUGUUAAGUCGUGAUGGAUAAAUACGAGGAGAAUUUGUUGAGGUUAAACAUAAAAAUACGUGACCUAAUUACACAACUCGACUGUAUGGAAACCAAAAACCGGAAGCUUCAGCAAGAAAACAAUGUGCUAGUAGAAGAUGUGGCAAGCUUUCGCGCACAGUAUGCGUUAUCCGAAGAGGGACGGCUGCGUUGUAAGUCGGUGCUGGAGAAAGAAAUAGCUCGUAAUAGUGAACAGUACGAGGCACAGGUGUUGCUCAAAAAACGAUACAAUGAUCUAAUUCGCGAGUACGUUGCGCAAAACCAGAAGCUUAAAUCUUAUGAACAAAAUGCUUUGGAAGUGAAACAAUCAAGAGCGAAAAGAAAGCAAGCCCCUGUUGAGAUUAUUGGCAAGCUAUCAGACAUAGGAAAACCUAAGGCUAUCGAAGACAAAGUAGCCUCACUCGAGCAUCGCUGUUCUGUUCUGGAGAAGGAACUUUACAAAGCAUAUGCGACAAUUGAUGAUUUAGAGUUUGAACUGGAAUCAAUUGACCAUCUCGAAAAUACAAAUGAACGGUUGGAGCAACAGAUUAAAGUUUUAAAAGCUCAGCUAGACCAAUGUCAUUGUGAACCGCUAACACCUGACACUGCAAACAGUGUGACUUCACCAUUGAGUCAUGAUACAUUCUACCAAUUUGAGAGUGUAAAAGACGCCCAACAAAGUUCAACAGCAAAAGGACCAGAGAUCUACCACAAUUUGACUUUAGAUGAUCCGUUUUGUGUGAUGGAAGAAAAUUUAGAUAAUAUACAAGAGCUAACAAUACACCAAUCAAGUGUAAAUCGUGCCUCAGAAGCUAUGGAAAGAGAAGGACAUUAUGAACCAAACAAAAACUAACCAAAACCAAACCAAACUAAACAGUAAAAACAUAUUGAACAAAACUCAAAGAUACACUUGUUGAAUUAUUCAAACCAAGUAUUCAAGUAUCAGUUAUCAUUCAUGUCACACAGUUUUAUUUUACUUAAAUAUGUAAUCAAAAUCAACUACUUCUGGAAUAUACUUCUGGGCGGUCCCGUGGUACAGUCAUCAACUCGUACGACUCAAUAACAUGCCCGUCAUGGAUUCAAAUCUAGAAUGGACCGUCCCCCCGUAGCAAGGGUUGACUAUCCGACUGUGCGGUAAUGAAUUAAGUCUCGAAAGCCUGUAUAGUUCGGCAUGUCCGCGUAGGACAUUACGCCAAAGAGAAGAAGAUAUACCUCGUUAAUAGUUCAAUUGAUUUUAAAAUAAAAAUGAAAAUCUAAUUAACCGCA